AAAGAGUCAAAUAUAUGGCCACAGGAGUUUAUCGAUGAUGUUUACACAAGAAUAUGGCUUACUUAUAGGACAAAAUUUGCACCAAUAAAUCGUGACGAAGAUGGACCGUCACCAAUCUCAUUACAUAACUUGAUUAGAGGACAGAAUUAUGACUUGAACAGUGAAUACUUCACAACAGAUUGCGGAUGGGGAUGUAUGAUUAGAACUGGUCAGACGUUGUUAGCAAAUGCACUCCUCAAUUUACAUCUUGGGCGCCAAUGGAGGUUUAGCGAAGAAGCAAAUGAAAAACACGAACAGAUUGUUUCUUGGUUCAUUGAUUGCCCUUCACAUCCCUUUUCAAUACAUAGGAUUGUUGAUAAGGGAAGAAUUUUGUCAAAUAAAAAGGCAGGUGAAUGGUUUGGUCCAUCAGCUGCUGCCAGAAGCAUUCAAGCAUUGUGUAACGAUUUUGAUUCAGGAUUAACUGUUUAUAUUGGUUCUGAUAGCGGUGAUAUUUAUGAAAAUGAUGUUUUCAAAGUUGCUAAAGAUGACACCGGAGUGUUUCAGCCUGUUCUCAUAUUAUUAGGUGUUAGAUUGGGAGUUGAAAGCAUCAACAAACUGUAUUGGAAUAGCUUGAAGUCCAUUUUACAAUCUUCUGAAAGUGUCGGUAUAUCUGGUGGAAGACCAUCUUCAUCACAUUAUUUUUUUGGCUUUCAAGGGGAUUAUCUAUUUUACCUUGAUCCACAUUUUCCCCAACAGGCUUUACUUCACGAGGAUAAGUUGGAAAACUCUGUCAUUCACACCAAGAAGUUGAGAAAAAUUCAUUUGUCUGAGGUUGACCCAUCUAUGUUAUUAGGAUUUUUGAUAAAAGAUGAGCAUGAGUGGCUGGAUUGGAAGCAAAAGAUCCAAGAUGCU